AUGGGUGAGCUUGUAAAUGCUGCAAGAACAUUAGGUGAAACAGGAAAUUUUGUAGAUGGUUUUAAAAGACUUGUUUCAAAUGUUUUAACAAACACAAAGAAAUUAUUUAGAUAUACCGUACAUAACAGACGGAUUUUCGAACAGAUAGCAACAAACCCUCCGGUUAUGGCUGCGUUGAUGAUGGUUAGAGAUAUAAAACCACGUAACGACGGGAACGAAGAACAUGAACAACAGGAUACUGGUCGGGUUAUUCGAGACAUUAAAAACGUGUAUCCUGAAGUUAUUGAUUUAUUUAGAGGUGUUAAUGAUUCGAUUUCAAAUCAUUCUAUAACCCUCGAUGAAGAGAAUAAAUUAACAGAUUAUAUAUUCGUCAUUAUUGCAGAAUUAAUGAAGAGAAUAAAUGAAAAAGGAAUUGGUGAUAUCAUUAAUGUCAGCGAUGUAAUGAUGAAAAGAAAUUUUGACUCAUUAUUUACAAAACCGAAAACAGAAUAUAGUCUUUAUGACGUAAUUACCGAAUUAAUGAAAAAGAUUAAUGAUAAUAAGAGUUCUGGCGGAAGAGUUGAAUUAGAAGUGAAUGAUGUUAAUGAGAAAUUAGCCGAAAAAGCAAACAAAAAUGAGCUUUUAGCUCUGAGUGAUAAAGUCAAGAACCAC